AUGUCGCGGUUGCCCCGUAGCGCCACGCCCGACUCGCGCGCAACCCGACCCGCGGCACCGUUGCCAACUCCAGGAGAUGGCGGGGAUGUUGUAAUGUCAAGCCCGCCUGCGUUCGAGCACCGCAUGGCUCAGACCGCGGACGACGAUCUCUGUUGCUUAUGCAUGGAGCCCUUGUCCCCCCGUGGACGGGCUGCCGAACUUGUUGCGCGCUUCCCCACUUGCGCUGGCCACUCCAUGCAUCUUGGCUGCGUUGCGCAGCUGCGCUCGGGGGCCCAGGGCCGCAGUGAUCUACUGUGCCCCUUUUGCCGACACAGCUCUUGCCCAGUGUGCGACAGCGCCGGAUGGUCUGGGCACCACAACGCCGAGCUCCAUCGGCUGUGUCACUGUCCUCUGCUGCCACCGCGUCGCCCCAGCGCACGGCCGGGUGAGUCGCCCCGCUUCGUUGAACUCCCCGACCGCAGUAUGCAGUGGGCACCGGCCCCCAUCCGCCAUUCCACUGGCAUUGCCGCCUGGCGCCCUGGGUGGCUGUGCCCACGUUGUGGCCUGGACGACAUCGACGUCCCACCACAAGCUGGCGAUCCUUGCAGGCAAUGCGGAAUGACCCUGCGCUGGACAUUUGACCGGUUCACAGGCGGCGGUGAGAUCCGCUGCGCUAACGGUAACGGCUGUGGGGCAGGUGUCUGGGCGACCCCGGCCAACAUGAGUGCGCUGUCAGAGCCUGCCACUGACCAAUGGCGGGCUGACCCACGCCGCGGUGCUCCCUUCCAGCGCCCUGGUGCACUUGGGCUGGGCGGCCUUGCGCCAACCACUCGCGCCUGCUCUGCCGCCGUGCCCGCAACGCUUAACAGUCACCGCUGGUUGCGAACCUGCGGGGCGGCUGGUGAAGCCGCCGCACUUGAUGCAGGCUCCCCGACCGCGGCACUUGACAUCGCCGCCGUCGACAACCCCGCCAGUGACGGCGAAGAAGCCCCCCUCCCGGCCGACGCAGCUCUUCGGCCGCCGCCACGGCAGCACGUGGACCCGUCGCCCGACGCGCCCCAGCCGCCGCAGCCCACCCAGGCCGAACAACGUGCUGUGGCCGGUGAGGCGGGCUUGCGCUGCGGUCUCCAGCAGCUCGAUGACAUCGAUCUGCACGACGAGAUGCGUCGACAGGUGCUGACGCUUCAGAGUGCCCCGCACAAGGUGCGAGGGACGCUCCGCAUCGCCCUCCGCACUGGCCUCCGUGAGGCGUUGGAAGGCGCAGGGCCUGCUGACACCAGCCGCGGCUGGAAACUCUUCUUCCUUGCGCCUCGCAUGCUACUGCAGCGCGGUGCUGGCCAGCCUUUCGUUGAUGCUUCGCAGCUGCAGCAACGCUGCGACCUCUUCCGAGGGGAGUGGUUGGCCCUGCUGCGCGAAGCCACGCAAACGCCUUCAGGGCCUGGCAGCGGGAUGCCUGCGGCCGGUGAGUCUGCGUGUGCGGCGCGAGCUGUGCGCCUCGUCCAGCUUGGGGAGCUUUCGGCGGCAGCGCGUGCGCUGACCGCAGCACCACUGGCACCAGGAACUGAGGAGACGUUGGCAGAGCUCCGCGACCCGGAGCGGAAGCCACCAGAGCCAACGCCGAUGUCCCAGAGCAGGUAUUG